AUGAUAUUAGUCAGUGGAUUGGAGCGAGGCCGUUCCUCCUCCAAGUCCGUACAUGGACCAGCUGAUCAAAAAGAUCGAAGUUCUCUUAUCUCAGCUCAAGCCCAUUCUUCCAGACGAUCAAAUUCAAGUAGAAGGAUUCAAAGCGUACUAAGAGUAGACCAUUUUCUCUCGGAUUCUCUCCGAAUUAUCUUUGUUUUUCGUUUCUCGGUUCGAAACUGUGGAUCCACAAAGCAUUUCGCUUACAGGGCGAGAGAGAAUUAUUGGCGAUAUUGGAUGUCUUUUGAGCGUAUUUCGGGGAAUACCGGGAAUUGUGGAGCGUGGAUUAACCCUUGAAAAUGCAUUUCGCGAUCGCUAUGCGAUAAAGCAAAAAGAAGAAGAGGAAGAAGAAGAGGGAAAGUCGUA